GAGCGGGACGGGCGGGGAGACGCGGCCCCGCCGAGGGCAGCGGGACGGGCGCCGGCCGCCCCUUCCCCCGACGGCCAGGCCUGGGCCUCGCUGGGGCCGGCGGGGGUCUGCACCUAAAUUCGUCCGUAAAGCAGGCAGAAAAAGCGAGGUAAGCGGGCUCGAACAGUUUCAGCAGUGGACAUGAAGUUUCCUGCAACGCUUUCGCAAGCGGGUGGACUUUUUACUGGCAGAACCAAAGCGAAACUUUGCUGCAGACGCGCUCACAACGGAUUAACAGAAGCUGCGCACACGGUCUGCAGGUCGGAGUGGGAAAAAGCGAGAUCUGCUUUUACCGCCGGGUCGCUGCUUGCAGCCGUGAGCGUCCCUCGAAGAUCCCCAAUGGCUCUGCUGUGCUGCGCGGCCCGUCCGUGCUGCUGGGCGCCCGCACAGGAGCGACCGGUUUUACAUCUGCCAGAGAGUGUUUUUAUCAUUAUUUUCAUCUUGGGAAAAUAGAGAGUAAAAAUUCAGCCAGGGACCAUCUCCUGUUUGUUUCAGGAUAGGUCUGAAGGGACUCUGCUCCCAUACCGCUCCCGCAGGGAGGCCAGGGUGGAUGGGAAUAUGCACAGGCCGUGCGACAAAAGGGCUUGUUAUCCAAAACUAGCGUUUCAGUCAAUCCCACAGUGGAUGCUGGAUUCAAAUUAAAUCCAAACAGUUUGAUUUCUGACCUCCACACUUCAUUUAAACCUCCAAAAUUCAUGAAUCAUCUCUACACUGAUUCUCAAAUUCACUCGGACACCAUGGUCUGGACACUGUUAACAGACUUCACUCCCUACUCAAUUUUUGGAUAUUAAAACUUAAUUCUUUAUCUUGAAUAUUAUACUGCCAGUACUGUUCCAUUUAUUGUUUUUUUCCAACUUAGGUGAAUUUACUGAUAUAAAACAAGAAAGCAAAGAAAAAUGUGCAAUAAAUAACAUUUAAAUCUAAAUCUAAUCCACAUAUGUGAUGAAGUAGAUUCAAAAUACUGCUUAACACUUACUUAAAAGAAAUAUUAUGUAUACCAUUCUUGGCUGGUAAUUCUUCCUUCUAGCCUGGACAGUGACUAGUGUAACUGACUAGGCACAGGAAUUUUUUUUAAAUCAGUCUUAUUUCCAGUUAGAUUAAAGAACAGGACAGCUCUGCUUGGCUAGCAGUAGUGCUGUCCAGUGUCCCUGUAACUUUCCUAGAACCACUUUCUAACUGUCCUUUUGUUCAUAAGGCCACUAGGAAAGCAGGAUACCCAGCGUGCUCUCUUUGUUGUGAACUGCAAGUCCUUUUAAUCUAAAAGGCUAAGAGCCAGCCCAGGGACCUAAUUCCCAGCACUUUGGCUUAGCUUUCUUAGAGAGAGGGCAAACUGAUCUAGUCCUUAGAUGGCCUACACAGCCUCAUACAUAAAUUUUUCUCUCCUUUUUGCCUCACCCACCCUUUUCAGAGAAUGAAAUAAUACUUUCUUCAUCUUUCACAUUUAGGUUUUCCCUUAGAAAAAUACAUUUUCGCAUGUGGCCCCAAAUCAACAGUCACAUAGUUGCAGCAUUAGGUAAUUGGGUGAGAGAAAAAUAAAGUAAAAUAAAAAAAUCAGGGUUUAUUUACCAUGCAAGCCUGAUACUGCAUUUGGCUAUAUGUUACAAUGAUAAAACUGGCCCCCAACAUGUAAUUUUGGAACUCUGUAGCCCACUUGUAGUAAUGUCGCUAACAGCUACAUGUAAUUGUAUUGUAGCAACAGAAUUUUGCUGCUGAGAUGUUCUUCCUCUCCUCACUUUUAAAACCACCGUCUUUAGGCCCUGCUUAGAAGCAUCUGCCUGUAUUUUUGUUAUUUUUUUGUUUUUGUUUUUGUUAAAUGCAGUGAGGUCAACAUUUUUAAGUGCUGAAGCACUCCAGUGAAUAUGCAUAUGCCUAUCUUAUGUUCCUGCAUGCAUUUCUGCAGAUCUGUUAACUGAUUCCUGAAGAACACCUUACUGCAUAAGUUCAUAAAGAAGGCAUGAUGCUUGGGAAUCCAGCUAAGGAUGUACAGUAAUGGCUAAAAAAGACCAAAAGACAACUUCUUGUUGGUGGGAAAAACAUUGGAUUUUAUGACAGAAGUGCUACAAGACUGAUGCUAUCAGUAAAGAUGUCAUAUUUAAUCAAAGGAGUUAAAUAUUACAGUCCUGUGAUUGAAAUGCACAAAGUAAGAGGAGCUCUGUUUAAAGCACGCAUACUAAAGAACGUCCCAGGCAGCAAUGAACAACAAUUUAAAACCUCACGUAUGUUGUCUCAGCUUAGUUCUGAAAAUGCAAACUCUCAUAAUUAUGUCAUUGUUGGAGCUGGAUCAGCAGGGUGUGUAUUAGCCAACAGAUUGACUGAAGACCCUCUCAGUACUGUACUACUUUUGGAAGCAGGCCCUAGAGAUACCCUGCUAGGUAGUAAAAGACUGAUGUGGAAGAUUCAUAUGCCUGCUGCAUUAACAUAUAACCUCUGUGAUGAGAAAUAUAACUGGUAUUACCACACAACACCACAAAAGCAUAUGGAUAAUCGAAUUAUGUACUGGCCCCGAGGCAGAGUGUGGGGUGGCUCUUCAUCACUUAAUGCUAUGGUGUACAUUCGUGGGCAUGCAGAAGAUUAUAAUCGGUGGAGCAGGGAAGGGGCUGUAGGGUGGGACUAUGAGCAUUGCUUGCCUUAUUUUAAGAAGGCACAGACACAUGAACUGGGACCAGAUCAGUACAGAGGUGGAAACGGACCCCUGUAUGUGUCAAGAGGGAAAACCAACCAUCCUCUUCAUCAUGCAUUCCUGGAGGCAGCCCAGCAAGCUGGCUAUCCGUUCACAGAUGAUAUGAAUGGUUAUCAGCAAGAAGGAUUUGGCUGGAUGGAUAUGACUAUACACAAAGGUCAAAGAUGGAGCACAGCUAGUGCUUACCUUCGGCCAGUCAUAUCACGCCCAAAUUUGUCAAUAACAGAGAAGACAAUAGUAACAAAAAUCUUGUUUCAAGGCACAAAAGCCAUUGGUGUUGAGUACAUGAAAAACGGGCAAAGGAAAAAGGCGUUUGCCAGCAAAGAAGUUAUUUUAAGUGGAGGUGCCAUAAAUUCUCCACAGCUGCUUAUGUUGUCUGGGAUUGGCAAUGCAGAUGAUCUAAAAAACCUGGGGAUCCCUGUUGUUUGCCACCUUCCUGGAGUAGGCCAGAACCUCCAAGAUCAUUUAGAAGUGUAUGUCCAGCAAAAGUGCACCAAACCUAUUACUCUGUAUAAUGCACAAAAGCCAAUUAACAUGGUGAAAAUUGGUCUAGAAUGGCUUUGGAAGUUUACAGGUGAGGGAGCAACUGCGCAUUUAGAAUCUGGUGGUUUUAUCCGAAGUCAAGCAGGGGUUCCUCACCCCGACAUUCAGUUCCACUUUCUCCCUUCUCAGGUCAUUGAUCAUGGUCGGGUUGCUUCCACAGUGGAAGCUUACCAGGUCCAUGUGGGACCCAUGAGGAGCACAAGUGUGGGCUGGCUAAAGCUGAAGACUACAGACCCGAAUGACCAUCCUAUCAUUGAACCUAACUACAUGUCAACAGAAAGAGAUAUUUGGGAAUUCCGCCAGUGUGUCAAGUUGACCAGAGAGAUCUUUGCUCAAAAAGCAUUUGAAAAAUUUUGUGGGCCUGAAAUUCAACCAGGAAAUCAUGUUCAGUCUGACAAAGAAAUAGAUGCUUUCAUAAGGCAGAAGGCUGAUAGCGCUUAUCAUCCUUCCUGCACCUGUAAAAUGGGUCAGCUUUCAGAUAGCACUGCCGUAGUUGAUCCCCAGACAAAAGUAAUUGGAGUUGAAAACUUGAGAGUAGUAGAUGCCUCAAUAAUGCCUAGUGUUGUCAGUGGGAAUUUGAAUGCCCCAACUAUUAUGAUAGCAGAGAAAGCCGCAGAUAUAAUUAAGGGGCUCCCAUCACUUCAUGAGAGAAAUGUUCCUGUAUAUAGGCCCAAGACCUUGGAAACACAGCGAUAAACAGUGUUUUCAUCCUCUCACACCUUUUGCCACUUUGGCUAUCACCCCCAUGUUGGUAUCUCAUACUGGAGGUGCCCACAAAAUAAAUGCCAUGCAAAACAACAUAUCAUUGUUAACAUAAUUAUUAAUUUGAUUCACUCCUGGAUAUCAGACUAUCUAAUGAUUUUUUAAAUCGUUUGGCUCAAGCUGUUCAUUUUAGGUAAACAUGGCUUUUGUGGUACAAUAUUAAAUUUUCCUUAAAGAGAAGCGAUUUCUAAAUGACAGGUCAGCUGCACAUAUAAGCCAGACACUGUGUAAUUGCAUGAAGGGAUUAAUGCAUGUUAUUUUGCAAAUCACUAUGUUACGCCCUGCUAGUUGAAGGACUUUUAACUCUUGUAAGCAAGUUAUCCAGGAUAACAGCUAGCCACUAAUCCCCACAUCCUGCAAAGACUGGCGAAGUAAAUGUAAGCAUUUAAAACUCUCCCAGUCACUGGACAAAGUAGUAUGUAUUAGAAUUUUGAGGAGAGCAAGGAACCUGUAUGUGUCCAGAAUUUGUCUUUUUUUUUUUUUUUUUUUUUUAAUGGAGCAAUGCACAGUUUACAAACCCUCACUGAAAGUCAGCUUUAACCAUACUUAGCAUGCUUACCUGUACAUGACAUACAGAAAGAAGAUAUACACUGUACUUAUCAAACACUUGAAUUAUUUUUCUAAUAAAUGCAGAACACAAGCUGAUAUUUGUAAAAAGUAUAUUGCAAAACUUGAAUCUCUCCUUGGUUUUUGGUAUAUAGGUUAGCAGCAUUCCAUUCACAGUUUCAGCUGGUUUGGUUGUACCAGUUUAUCACUUACCACAGUGCUCGCAGUUUCCAUAACUUCAUUAAAGUUACUGGCCUUUGCUCAAAGGUGAGUCUUGGCAAAAGAAUUUUCUCAGGAAAUAUUCCAAAUGGUGCCUGACUAUUGCACGAGCUUUAUUAAAAAAAAAAAAAAAAAAAAAAAAAAGAGCCUAGAUAGAUUAAAAAUAAAAAGUUACUCAAAGUCACUGCAUCAGAUCAGAUACCAAUGAUAUGGGAAGAGUUUUUCUUUUUUUUUUUUUUUUUAAUUAGAAGGUAGGUAGCUUAGUGAACCAGUGCUUAUACUUUAAUUAGGCAUUAAGUCUUUGUUUUACUAUUUUCAGAUGUGUAAAGGAAGGUAUGUCAUCUUUCAUGGCAGUUUUCUGUGUAAAACUAACUUUCAGAUACUGAUUAAAAAUUAAAGAAAUUGAACUCAGAA